GAAAAAGAAAUGACCGAAAACUAUGUCUCUGGACCAUGCAUGUUAAGUGAUUAUAUCUCGUGCGCAUUUGAUUGGAAAGCACUCCUAAGGUCAAGAAAAAUUUCGAUUAUGGAUCAAUAUUCCUGGCAUGUGUUGUUGUAUAUUUCUGGAUAUUAAUCUAUUACUUCAUUGGUUUGACUGUCAUUUGUAUUUGUAUUAUAUCGUGAGUGUAGAAAAGAAAGCGUGGUGUCAUUAUAGCAGCUUCGCUCAAUGAUAGAUAUAUUAUAUUUUGAAAACAAAUUCACAAAAGUCUUAUAUUUAAGCAGCAAUUUCAGAUUGUAGUUUUCAGAUAUUUGUCUUUGAAUGAGUGCUUUGGGAUCUAGUACUGUCUCACAUAUCACGCUCUCGCAUUUCGAAGGGAAAAAUCUCUGAAACUGUUGCGGUGUCAGUAAAUCAAUGGUGGAACUGAUGGUUGUUCAAGAUGUAACUCACUUGAAGGCACUUGACUCAGGCACCAAUGAAUACAAUGUAUGACAGUAUUAUAAUUGUUGGAAAGUUUUAGCUGUGUUUGUCGAAUCAUUGCUAGAUUUGGCGAAAUGUCUUGAAUAAAUUCAAGUAAAAUUUUGUCUGUCGAAUUUAGUAUAAACUUCAAUAUCAAAUUCCUCAUUGCACCAGCGCUUAUAUCUUGGGUUGAGUUAGAUGGGGUGGAAGUAGUGUCUGAAUAUCCCGUUCAUAUAUACUGUAUCAGCAUACAAUAAGUUAGUUAGUACAAAUUUUGGCGAUAAUCAAUACGUAGCGUACUAAUAUGACUAUACUGAUUAUUCUGCCUCUUUACAACGAUACCAAGGCUACUAAUUAUUAAACUGCGUGAUUGAUCAAAGUCGUGAUUGAUCUCCCACUGAUGCAUGCUGUACAAGUUGAAGCGAACGAACUGAAUAUUAGGUCUGACAAUCCAAUAUAGAUUUUCUGAAGUUCAUGACAACUAACUCAUCAACCCUCAAAAUAUUAUAAACAUCGGCAGGAGGAUUCAAUGUUGUCUAUGUUUUUUAGGAAAUAUGGAAUGAAACUGAGAUUUAUCGCGUCAAAUAAACCAUUUGUAUUGAUACUAUGUAAAUUUAACGAAUAUUCGAGAGUUGAGAAUAUAGGAGUUUCUCAUGUUUUGUGCAUUACUGUUUUGGUUGGAUUCAAUUUCAUAAUUGCUAUUGAGGUUUAAGUGUAUACAUUUGAGGAAUCAGAUUGGGGUUUACUCCGCUGACGUAUGUAUAAUAGUACCGGGGUAGGACACGCAGAUAAGGAACCAUAUCACCCCCUGUUUUUGUUUGUUAUUAUUCAAAGACUAACAUCAUGAGCGACCGCAAAAUACGACAGCAGAGCUAACUGUUCUUAUUAACAACUACUCUGUCGAAACAGACAAAUGAUGAGAAAUUAGCCAUUGUGAUCAUUCACUCGAUAAUAAUGUAAUUUGAUUAAUGAUAUGUAGUAGGAAAAUUGCAUACGGUCAAAAUUUAAAUAUAAAGAAACUAGCGUUGAGAAAGUUUGCACGCAUUCGAAACGAUCUUCGAGCAAAACAGUUUGUGUUCUUGUUCGGCAAACACUUGAUUUCUUUAAGUGGUUCAGGAGUCAUCUUCAUUAUUGCUACGACAUUCUUGCAUGAUGCGAUUCAUGAUACCGAUCCACCACAACUAUUUUGUCCGACUACUAUAAUCCACAAUGACAGUUUUUUUUUUAAAUAUGACUGUAGUUAUAUUUGUAGAUUCAAAUAAAUCCUCGGCAAGAGAACUCACUAUGGAAUGAUAUUUUAAUGAUUAUUAGCAAUGACUGUCUCCGUUUGUUAAUAUUGAUAAGCUUUUGUAUAAGGUUUCAAGCUUAAAUACAAAUAAAUUAAGAAGGCAAACAGGUAUUAGCAACAAACUUCAAAACGAACAGUGCGGAUUCGAAAUUGAAAAAAUUUAAAGAAAGUAUUGCCGAUGCCAACCUUCAAAAUGUGGAGCGACUUGAUCUUGCUAUAUUUUUGAUAGACCAGUUCGUCACUUGAUGCAAUGAAGUUGGAUGGUAUUCGUAUUAAAUUUGUCCUAUUUGCUCUUGGAUGCUUUGCAAUAUUAGGUGUACUAUGGGAAAAUAAAAUAUCAAAUGGCCUGUACCAAUUGACUCCCAUGAAAGGUAUCGAAAGAAAUACCAUCAUAUCUGAUGAAAACUUGAAUAGUCUACAGCUUGAAAGGAAGCCUGAAAUGAAGGACGUCGAUUGUUUGGGAAUAAUUAAUGGCGACAAAAAAGCAUUAGACAAGGCAAAAACCACACUAAAUAAAAUUAAGAGUUCCAAUACACAAAAAGAAAGAUUAAUAUUACCUGACAAAGAUAUUGUGAAUUGGACUGCCAAUUGCAAUACAUUUGUGCUGUCACGAAAAUAUAUUACGUCAUCUUUAUCUCAGGAAGAAGCAGAAUAUCCGAUAGCAUAUAUCAUUAGCAUUUACACAGAUCUCCAAUCAUUUGAACAUCUAUUGCAAGCGAUUUACCGACCGCAAAAUAUUUACUGCAUCCACGUUGAUCAGAAGUCUCUGGCUAAAUUUCAAACGGGUGUUAUGAAGAUAAUUAGAUGUUUUGAAAAUGUUUUUCUGGCGUCAAAAAUGGUAAAGGUUUGGUAUACGCAUUGGACAAUCGUUCAGUCAAGUUUAAACUGCAUGGAAGACCUUGUAGACCGCAAACUGAAUCAUCCUUGGAAAUACGUCAUCAAUACCUGCGGUCAAGAUUAUCCCACAAAGACCAAUCUAGAAAUUGUUCAUGCUUUGAAAAAUCUUAAUGGAAGCAAUAGUGUCGAGUCGGUCACAUUAGAACAAGGAAAAGGAAAAUCAAAAAGGUUUGAAUAUUCCUAUAUUCACCCUAAGCAAUUUGAACAUACGCAUGAUAAUGCAAUAUCAACUCGUAUUAAAAAGCAACCUCCGCCAGAUGAUAUUGAGAUAUUUACAGGCAGUAAUUACUACAUUUACAAGAGAGAAGCAGUUGAAUUCAUUGUACAUGAUAAGAAUAUUCGUCAAUUUUUUGAAUGGAGUAAAGACACAAAAAUACCGGAUGAACAGGUUUGGGCCACAUUGCAACGAAUGUAUCCAAUUUUUCCCGGUAGUUCUCCAAAAGAACUCGGUAAAAAGAGAAUAAAUGGAAUUGCCAGGACGGUGUUGUGGAGAGGACCGAAUAAUUCGCAUACCUGUCGAGGACAAUAUAUACGCAGUGUCUGUGUUUUCGGUUUUGCUGAUUUAAAGUGGGUAGUUUCGCGCCCGAAUUUGUUUGCAAAUAAAUUUCGUCCUAAUGUUGAUAUAUUUGCAAUGAACUGUUUGGCAGAAUGGCUUCGAAAUCGAACUAUUAAUACGACUAUUAAUGAGCGGUCUGUUUGACUCAACAAGCUUGGAUUUUUUUGUUCAGCAUUUUAUCUUUUGUACCUUUUGUUGGCAAUGUCUAGACUAGAGCAUUUCCUGCUUGUCUAGCACGUUCUUUUAUAUUUGUUUUAAAUAUGGUUAAUUUGUAUUUUCAAGAGGAAGAUUUGUUUGUUAUUGCGUUUAACAAAAUUGCAUCCAGACA